AUGGUUGUAAUCACUGAAACUUCCGACGACUUUAAUGGCGGUGAUCCAGGUCCAAACAAGAACUCGCGACAACUCCAGAAUAAACGGAAAAAAGUCGAGGAAAAUACUUCUUUCCACAUUCCAGACGGAAUUGCUGAAAAAAUCUUCACACUUGUUAGGAGACGUGGUUACCCUGUUCUAUCUCUCGUCUCCAAAACCUUUGAUCGCAUCAUUACUCCGAGACUCUACGACUUGCGCUUGCGCCUUGGUAGUAUCGAACCCGUUCUUUACGCUUGCGUGGGAUCCACUCCUUUGCUCAGAGGCCCUAAGUGGUGUAUCCUAAUUAGGAAACCCUACGAAAACUUGCCGAACACGGUUUCUUUGCGGUUGCGAGAAAUCCCCUCACUCCCUCCCAUGCCUUGGGGAUCUGCUGUGGUCACAAUCGGGCACGAGAUGUAUGUGAUUGGUGGAUGCGUUGGCCUAAAAUGCACAAAUAUUGUGUUUGUCAUAGACUGCAGAUUCCACACGUAUCGCAUCCUCCUGGGUAUGCGAGUGGCUCGUUACCGCGCAGCAGCUGGAGUGUUUGACGGGAAGAUAUACGUGGCCGGAGGCUGUGACAUGCGAGCUAUUGAUUGGAUGGAAACAUACGAUCUAAAGGGUAAAUUUUGGAUGGGAAGCAGGUGGACAAAUGGCAUACCACCUAACGUGAGUAGCACGUUUGUGACAUGUGUGGUUAUGGAGAAAAAAAUAUACAUAUUGGGGGAAAGAAUGUGUUAUACUUACACUCCCGGAGGACAAGGAGGUUCAUUGGACUACUUGAUGCCAGGAGAAUUUAUGAGCUUUUUGUGGCAAGAGUCUUCUUGUGUGAUUGAUGGCUUGUUGUUUUCCACUAAUCCUCAAUGUGGGCUUGGUGUAUCUCCAAUAAUCAUUUUUGAUCCAAAGCAGAAGACUUUGAGACCCUUGACUGGUUUACAAGGUUUUCCGGCUAAUAUCCUUCUCCACAGCUCUAAAAUGGCGAAUUUUGGUGGGAAGUUGGUGAUUCUAGGAACCGAUGAGUACUGGAAUUUUUCGAAUAAAGGAAAAAGAGAGAUUUGGUGCGUAGAGAUCGCUUUGGAAAGACGGCAUGGAGGUGAGAUUUCGGGGAAGGUCGAAUCAGUAGCGGUUGUGUUAACAGUUCCAGAGUCUUCGGCUUAUAUUGACCUUUGUGGAACUGUUACCAUUUGA